UUCAAAAUGGUAGACGAACUUUCCACUUCCUCAUCGAAUAUGUUGCCAAGACUCUCGAUUUUAAGAUCGGAACAGAAUUCAGUUAGGCAAAGAUAGAAGCAGCAAUGUAUCACUAACUGUCAAUGUAUAUUUUACUAGAUAAUAAUAACUUUUGUGAUUUAUUCUGUCAUUUUCAGCUUGGUUGACUGAUCGACUGGGAGAAAAAACAUUUUAAUCAUUGUGGUUUUAAACAAAGCAGACUUCUGUUACUGAACUUCCUGAACUGCUGAAGGGGAUCUUCGAUCAUGGCAGAAGAACGGAGACCUCUGAUUGUACGGCAAGAUACACGCUGUGACCAACGAUCAAGAACAACAAAACAGUGGGCAGGUGCAGCUAUUUUAGGAACUGUAACAUUGGAAAGAAUUGCAUUCUAUGGCGUGACUGGCAACUUGGUACUGUUUCUAAACAAAGAUCCAUUCUCAUGGAUGUCAUAUAAUGCUUCAAAUGCUCUCUUUGUAUUCAUGGGAUUAUCUUUUGUAUUGUGCCUCUUUGAAGGAUGGUUAGCUGAUGCUUUUCUUGGUCGGUUCAAAACAAUAUUCAUUUUCUUCUUCGUCUACCUUGGAGGCUACAUUCUUCUUCCUUUGUUAUUUCCAUACCCAUUUAAAAGAAAUGGUGAAGAUACAGAGCUGCCUCAGAUGUGUAGUAGUGUCACUUAUAAUACAUCCAAUGGGACUUCGUUCAUGUCAUUAGCUCAGCACUCACUAUCAAUCCUUGUGCAAAACUGGACUGUUGUGAUCACUGGGGAUACACCAAACAGAGUUAGCCCAGGAGAUGAGGCAUGUGCACCAUUUGUGUAUCUGUCUCUAGUGCUGAUGGCAAUUGGCACAGCUGCAAUCAGAACAAACAUUGCUCCUUUUGGAGGUGACCAGAUGAAAUCUGAGGGACCUCAAGCGAGUCGAGGCUUCUUCAACUGGUUUUAUUGGUCUGUCAACAUUGGUUCCUUCAUUGCUCUCGGACCCAUUGCAUAUUUACAACAAGAGGUCAGCUUCUUCUGGGGAUACCUUGUUCCAGGCAUCUGUCUUUUCCUGGCGAUGAUCGUGUUUUGUGCAGGUUGCAAAUUCUACCUUGUCAAGCCACAAUCAGGAAGCGUGAUUUCUAGUAUUUUCAACGUGAUCUGGGAGGCCUGUAGUAUGAAAAGAAAGCAAAACAAAAGACACCAACAAUAUCGGACAAUUGACACUGCUGGUUCUUCAUCUGAAGCUCAACCACAAGGUCUCCUCGAUUAUGCCAAAAGUCGCUACGGAGGUAGUUUCCAUGACAAUGAUGUUGAAGAGGUCCGAAGCCUCGGUAAAACUGUGUUGAUAUUUGUGACUAUGAUCCCAUAUUGGAUCGGUUAUUAUCAGAUGGAGACCACCUUUCUGAUGCAGGGGUUGCACAUGCGCCUGUCUCCUGAAAGAGCCUACUUCGAUGAUGAUAGGAUUGGGAAUAUUACUUCAAUACCAGUAAAUAGAACUGGCAAUUCCACAUCCGUGAAGCAGUUUCAGAUCCCAGCUGCCUGGCUGUCUUUGUUCGAUGUCAUAGUUGUGAUCAUACUCAUUCCAAUAAUGAAUCGAUUAAUCUACCCAAAACUGGACCGAAUGAACAGACCUCUUUUGCUGAAGAAUCGCAUCGCUAUCGGGAUGGCAGUGUCUGUGUUAGCAAUUAUAUGCGCUGGUGUUGUUGAAAACCAGAGAUUAGCAAUAUUUUGGAAGAAUGGAACGGAGCACCCUGUCCCACAGGUUGUUGGUAACACAACAUUUUAUGCUGCUGAUAUGGCUAUAGCCUGGCAGAUUCCCCAGUAUGCGCUGAUUGGUAUAAGUGAGGUGUUUACCAGUAUUGGAGGUCUCGAGCUUGCCUACUCUCUCUCACCGAAAAGCAUGCAAGGACUCAUCAUGGGGUUGUUCUACUUCAUGUCGGGCAUCGGUAGUUUCCUCGGAACUGCUAUCAUGUACAUCUUCCAAGGGAUAUGGUUCUUCACCUGGGAUCGAGGUGACAUCAAUUGCCGUUUUUUAUGCAGUUGGGAUACAGAUAAGAUAUGUGCAGAAUGUCGCAUGGACUAUUAUUUCUUUGUCUUGGCAGGUGUGGAAGUGUUUGGACUGAUACUGUAUCUUUUGUUGACAUGGAAAUGCAGACUCGGUCAAGACCUGGGGAGGAAGAGAGUCAUCCAGGAUGAUUCUAUUAAUCAAUCAACACCAGCGUCAUUGUCAGUUCCUUCAGACGAUGUUGGAGACUGUAAACCGGAGGGAAGGAAUGGAAGUGUUAAAAGGCAAUCUACUAAAGGAUAUACUAUGAAUUACACGGCAUGAUACCAUUGGGUCACUACUGUUGGCCAAUGUAAUGAGUGAUGUGAUACCACAAAUAUGGGAUGACUGUCUCAUAUAUUGCGAGAGUGUGUUGGCUAUGUUAUGGCAGGGCGAUGGUUAAAUUUGACAUUAACAAGAAACCAAAUAAGUGUAAUGGCUGGGACAAUCCUAUUUGAGGGCAAUCCAAGGUAUUUCCAGGGAAUUGAACUUGUGUUUCGGGAUCAAUCACACAAUAUUCGGCCCUGAUUUAUAUCAAAUUUUGUAAAAUGGAUUUUAUACUUUGUUUAUAUUAUGCUGUACAUUUUAUAUUGUUUUUAAUUCAUUGAAUAGCUGUAUAUUUGAUGAAGUCCAGUGUAUGUCCUCUUCCAGUGUGUUGUUCCCUGACAUAAUAAAGGUGCUUCAAGGGAACAAUCAUUUCUGUUUAGUAGUCAUGUGGUGUGCCUGGACCUUCAUUUCUUUUUAUUGACUUGUCACCGAAUAGUACAAUGUAAUAAGACUCCACAAUUGUACAUUUUCUGAAAUUAUACUCAUGUUGCAGGCAAAUAUAUAUACAGUAGAACCUCUCUAUUAAGGACACCCUCUGGACCGACGAGUGCUGUCCUUAAUAGAGAGGUGUCCUGAUUAGAGAGGUAAAAUUGAAUGGAAACAACUAAUUUGGGACCAAAACUAGUGUCCUUAAUAGAGAGGUUGCCCUUUAUAGAGAGGUGUCCGCUAAGGGAGGUUCCACUGUAUAUGUGAUUUAGUGUUUGAACAUCAUAUUUUGGUGAAGCAAACCGUUUCACAAAACACUUGUUUUUCUGUAUCAUAAAAAUGAUCACAUUUAUUUUAUGGCUCUAAUUGGCUGAGCUUCAUGACUGGAAUAAUACCAAGACUUAAGAGCACAUGAUUGAUAUUUGUGGCAGUUUGGUUACAGAAGCAUCAUUUCACCGUCAAUGAAGUAAUGUAUUCUGGCAGUGGAGUUUAACUUAUUUUUGCUCUUAUAUGUCCAAAUAGAAGACAAGUGUAAAUUUGAUGUGUGUAUCAAGUUUACAGAAGUAGUGGGCUUGACUUGAGAAUUCACUGCCACUUUUUACUCUAAUGACAAGUGCCUCUUAUUUUGUCAAUCAAACCAAGGCUGAGAACAGUUUUUGGGGAAAUGGUGGUAAAUUGUCAAGUCGCUCCUCCAAGAAGUGAAACCUGAGAAACUGACAGGCUAAUUUCUAUGAGAAAUCAGUGAUUGUUGCUUGUGCUUACUGGUCAAUGCAUAAUCUUAUGGCAUUCAUUAUCUGUGAUAAAACGCAAUAAAAAAAGCUGAGGGCUGUCAAAUCAAA